AUGACCCAAGAGCAGCUGUGGCAGAUCCUAGAUCCAUCGUGGGGAGACCCUCGCACCCUCUCGGCUCUGCUCUGCAGUUCAGCUGCAGCCAUUGUGCUACUGAAAUGGCUGGGACAUGGGCAGAUCCAGCAGAAGAUGGAGGAGGCAAGGAGGACAUGAGAUCUGGCCCUGGAACAAAUGGAGAAGGCAGCUCACAGGUUUAAGCAAGAGAACCCAGGCACCCAGACUGCACAUGUCCUCUCGCUGACGAUGGUGGAGCUGGGGGAGAAGCUGAAGAAGGGAUCCCUGUCCCCAGAAAGUGUCCUCUACUCCUACAUGGGCAAAGCUUUGGAGGUGAACUGCAUGAUAGACUUCAUUCAUGGCUGUGAGGAUCAGCUCCAGAAACUGAAGAAGCAGAAGGAGAAGGGGCUGCUCUACAGCAUUCCCAUCAGCAUCAAGGACCACAUUAACUUCAAGGGCCACAUCUCCUCUGGAGGGAUGGUGAAGUUUCUGGGCCAAGUGAAGGAAGAAGACAGCAUCAUUGUCCAGGUUCUGAAGAACCAGGCAAUCUCCUUCAUGAAAACCAACAUCCCACAGAUGAUGAUAAACUAUGACUGCAGCAACCUCAUCUUCAGCCAGAUGCUAAACCCUCUCAACCACCAGAAGAGCCCCGGGGGCUCCUCGGGAGGGGAGGGAGCUCUCAUCACAGGGGGAGGCUCUACCCUGGGCAUGGGGUCAGAUGUAGCUGGCAGCAUCCACCUGCCAUCCAGCUUCUGCGGGUUGUGUGGGCUCAAACCCACAGGCAACAGGAUCAGCAAACUGUGUGUGGUUUCUCCUAUCGUAGGAAUGAAAUCAGUGAUGGGGAUGCUGGGGCCGAUGGCGAGAGAUGUGGACAGCCUGGCCCUCUGCAUGAAGGCGCUGCUCUGCGAGGAGGUGUUCUGGCUGGACCCCACCUUGCCCCCCAUCCCUUUUGAUGAAGAGGUUUACGCUGGUUCAAAACCACUUCAGAUUGGAUAUUAUGAAGGAGACGGCUACUUCCAGCGCUUGCCCACCAUGAAACGGGCCACCCAGCAGACGAGAAAGCUCCUCUCAGAUGCAGGGCAUACGCUUGUUCCCUUUGCACCACCCAAGAUUGACUACGUGGUAGACGAGCUGUUCCCCAGAGGGAUUUUCUCAGAUAGUGCUGCUCACCUGGUGGACUGCUUCAAAGGAGACAUCAUGGACCCCAAUCUGAAAUCCCAGUUCAAUACUUACAGGCUUCCUGCUUUUGUGAAAAGGAUCUUGGCUAUCAUUUUGAAACCUAUGUACCCAUGAAUUGCUCGGGGUCUCAGCGCUUUCUGUGGAGUGGGGUCUUCCAAAAACCUCUGGGAUCAGCAUGGAGCAGUGGCGGUUUACCGCGCUGAAUUCGUUGCUAAAUGGAGGAAGCUAAGUCCUGUGCUGGGGCCACCCUUUAACCAUGGCUAUGCUGGGAAGGCUGUGGAAGGAGCCAUGGGGCUGCCGGUGGCCGUCCAAUGCGUGGCUCUGCCAUGGCAGGAGGAGCUGUGUCUUUGCUUCAUGAAGGAGGUGGAGAAGCUUGCCCACAGCACAAAGAGAAAUGUGUGA